UUCGACCCGCCCCCUUUUGCGUCUGACGUCACCGACGUCGAACGGGACUGUUUGUUCUGGAUUUGGGGCGAGGAAGGUCUACGAGCGCCGACAAGCCGCUGAACAAGGUGUGACGCUCGGCUCUCUAUGUGUUGUGGUUUCUUUGCCCUCGCAGCGUCUCGCUGACAAACAUCCCGUGUAACCUCAGGAAGCUGCCACCUCAACGCCAGGGUUAUGAUUACGCUUGUGGAUUAGACCACAGCGGCACAGCAUCCACCAUGCGUCGCCUUUGCUGAAGAAACUACCGUUGGUUGACGUCCAGUGAUCUGUUCUGUCGGUGCACGUCACCUCAACCCGUCAAGUGUAUCUUAAUGGCAAGAAAUGAUGUGCACGGCGCACAACACUGCACUAGUCCCGAGGGUCCAAGGAGAAGUGUAAUGGCCUGAGGGGGUUCCCCCCACUACAGCCUGCCCCUGCCAGGUCCAACCCACCCAACCUGUCUGCGCAGUCACUGCAUCCCACUGCUGCGAUGGGAGACGGACUGCAGGCGGGCAGCAGCCAGAACCCUCCCUCUGCCACGCCGCCUCUCCCCUUCAACCCCCCUCCUCCAGAAACAUGGAACCCUUCCAGACCCAAACGACAGACCAACCAGCUUCAGUACCUGCUUAAAGUGGUGUUGAAGACAUUAUGGAAACACCAGUUUGCAUGGCCCUUCCAAGCACCUGUAGACGCAGUCAAACUUAAUUUGCCUGACUACUACAAGAUAAUAAGGACUCCUAUGGACAUGGGCACGAUAAGAAAACGUCUGGAGAACAACUACUACUGGAACGCCCAGGAGUGUAUCCAAGACUUCAACACCAUGUUCACCAACUGCUACAUCUACAACAAGCCUGGCGAUGAUAUUGUCCUCAUGGCCGAGGCUUUGGAAAAGCUCUUCCUGCAGAAGAUCACAGAGAUGCCACAGGAAGAGGUAGAGAUCACUGUGGUCACUAAGGGACGUCGUGUGGGGAGGCGGGAGCCCUCUCUGAUGACGAUGUCGGAUUCAGGCCAAGAGUCAUCCUCUCCUUCUACCACCCCUCACACCAGAGGUUUUUCGUCCCCCUCAACCACUCCACACGCCCGUGGCACACCCACCCUGCCGUUGGCCCAGCCCUUAGUCCACCCCCUAGCUCAACCUUUGCCCCAAACCUUAGCCCAGCCCUCGUCUCAACCUUUGCCCCAAAUGUUAGCCCAGCCGUUAUCUCAACCUUUACCCCAAACCUUACCUCAGGCUUUGGCCCUUCCUCAAGUCCAGACACAACCUCCACGGGUUCCUCCCACACCCACAAACCAUACUUUACAUCUCGGGCCCCCAUUCUCCCCAGAUGUCCUAGCCCAAGGUUUGACGUCUGUCCCUCCGCCAGCCAUGACACACCCAGGCCUUCAUCCUGCUCCCGUGCUGCAGAGCUCCCCGGCCCUCAUCAAGCCAAGGAAAAGCCAGAAGAGGAAAGCUGAUACCACCACACCUACAGCCAACGACCAGCUAAGCGAAUCGCCUCCUGUGUCUGACGUGACUCGGGCUCGUCGGGACAGCACUCGCCCGCUGAAGCAACCCAAAAGAGACUCGCCGCAGCCGGACUCUCAGCAUCACGUGGGCGUAGGCCUGGAGACGGGAGGGACGGUGACGUCGAAGCGGCAGGAUCAGUUGCGUUUCUGCGCUCGCCUCGUCAGAGAGAUGAUGUCUAAGAAACACGCGACCUACGCCUGGCCUUUUCACAAACCCGUCGACGCAAAAGCUCUCAGCCUACACGACUACCAUGACAUCAUAAAGCAGCCAAUGGAUCUCAGCACCAUCAAGAAAAAGCUGGACAACAGACAGUACAGAGACGCCCAGGAGUUUGCUGCAGACGUCCGGUUGAUGUUCUCCAACUGUUACAAGUACAAUCCUCCAGACCAUGAUGUCGUUUCCAUGGCGCACAAAUUACAGGAUGUGUUUGAGAUGCGUUUCGCUAAAAUGCCAGACGAUUCAGAAGAGCCCACUCCUGUUUCAACACCAUUAUCGGCCCUUCAGACCGUACCGUCCACUCGACAAGUCCCUCCGCCGUCUGUUGUAUCAGAGGACGACAGCUCCAGUUCUUCCGAGUCCGAGACCUCCAGAGGAGGCUCGGAACAAGAACGACAGCAGCGACUGGCUGAGCUACAGGAGCAGCAUCAAGAACAGGAUUUGGCUCACUCUUGCUUUAUUUCACUUAAAGCUGUACAUGAGCAACUGGCAGCCCUUUCCCAGCCACAGACCAGCAAGCCCAAGAAGAAAGAGAGAGACAAAAAGGAGAAGAAGAAGGAAAAGCAUAAAAAGAAGUCGGAAGCAGAGGAACCUGCAGAAACGUCUCCUCUUGCAAUGCUUCAGACCUCUAAGAAAAGCAAGAGCAAAGAUCUCGUCAUGAUAAAGAAGGAGAAGAAAAGGUCCAGUAAAAAAGAUGAAAUCAAAAACAGCCGGCCCGCUGCGCCCCCACCGUCGGGCCCUAUCGCUCUUCUGCCUUCCGCUUCUCUUGAAGCAGAGGAUGAUAUAGAUCUCGGCGUGUUCAAGCCGAUGUCGUAUGAGGAGAAGCGCCAGCUGAGCCUGGACAUAAACAAAUUGCCUGGUGACAAACUAGGCCGAGUCGUGCACAUAAUCCAGACGCGUGAGCCAUCGCUGAAAAACUCUAAUCCAGACGAAAUAGAGAUCGACUUUGAGACUCUCAAGCCCUCCACCCUGAGAGAGCUGGAAAAAUAUGUCUCUAGCUGCCUCAAAAAGAAGAAAAAACCAUCAGAUCUGCUGGCUUUUGUUGCAGUAGAGAAGUCUCUGGAAAUGCCCAAGAUAAAGACGGGAUCUUCAUCUUCAGGCAGCAGUGACUCCUCUGACAGUGAAGACUCUGAGAAUGGGCUGGUUCCCAAGCAACAGAAAAAGACUUCGGUCAACAAGGACUCCAAGAGAGGACACAACCAGCCUCCUAACAGUGGGAUGAUCCCAGUCCCUCCCGUGGUUCAGAUGCCGCCCCAGCCGGUCCAGUCGAAGCCCGCGUUUGUAGCCGCUCCUCCUGUCCCGUCUUUGGAUUCGUCUCAGCUUAUGUCUUCGGGAUUUGAUCCUCUCGCCCACUUCAUGAAUUCACACCUGACUGAUUCAAACACAGAGUCUAAUACAGCGGUUGCCGCUGCUCCGCCUCCUUUACCCGCCUGCCUGCUUAAUGCAAACGCACACACCAACCAGACGCCAACUGACACGCAUUCUUUCCUAAACCAGCAUUCAGUCGUACCUUCCCCAGCAAUCCACAACGCUCUUCCCCAGCAACCACCCAGACCAAGUAACCGUGCUGCACCUCUUCCCACCAAACCCCCCACAGUCGCCUCCUCGCUCCCUUCCCUGCCUCCAUCAGCCUCGACACAACUUCCUCCCACACUUCCCCUAACCCUCCCCCAGCCUGUCCCCCGCCCACGCGUCCCAUCGCCGCCAUCGCACGGCAUUCUGGGUACGCUCUCGGCUCAGCCCCCCCAAGCCCUGUUGGAGGACGACGAAGAGCCCACACCAAACAGCUCCGAAAUCCCGCAGCUCAGUCAGGUUCACAACCUCCUGCAGUCGCUCCAAGCGAGGCCCAUCAUGCAGCCGCUGCACACGCACUCGCCAGGGCAGGCCGCUCCCCAGCUCAUGCCAUCCAUGCACACACAGGGCAUGACACCAGCCCCCGCCAUGCAGACGCAGAGACACAUCCCGGCUCACGUACCGCAGCCGUUCCCAAAUGCCCACACGCUGGCGCCUCAUCAGCAGAAGGGGGCGGUCCUGCAGCAGAAGGUGCAACAGUUACAUCAGCAACAGCCAUCCCCACAAAACACAGCAGAGGCCUUUUCAGCUAAAGGCUGCCUGCGGGAAAGCCCUUCUCCUCUGAUGAUGCAUUCGCCUCAAAUGCCUCAGUUUCAUCCAAUGGGACAUCAAUCACCUUUACAGACCAAGAAGCAUGACCAGAGGUCCAGCUUCAUUGGAGUUAAAGAGGAGAGGCCUCCUCAGUCUCCAGAUCUACCUUCUUCGCCUUUCAGCCCUGCAAUCCGUCAAGACAUAACCAAACCCGACAACAAACACAGUUUAGAGAUGAAGCCACUGGAUGGUUCUCGUCCCAUUCCUCGCCUCCCAAACUCCCCAUCACCGGCCGCCUCCCAACAGGACAACAAAAUCAAGCAAGAACCCAAUACCCCCAUCGCACCCAAGAAAACACAGGAUGUGAAAUUAAAGAACAUGGGUUCAUGGGCCAGCCUGGCUCAGAGGUCCCAGUCAGCACCGACUUCAUCGCUGCGCUCAUCAAGCGACAGCUUCGAGCGGUACAGACGAGUCGCCAUGGAGAAGGAGGAGAGGGAGAGGCAGCUGAAAGCCCAGGCAGAGCAAGCCAAGAGAGUGCAAGAAAUGCGCCGUGACGACGAUGACACAAUGGAGCACAGUCGUCGGGGGCGACAGUCACCUCUGGCUCCAACACCUCCAGCUUCCUCUCCGCCCACUCACUCCCCUCAAGCUCCUCCCGCUCCCCCCAAACAAGCCGCGCCUCCGCCGCCCCCCCCGGCCGCACACAGCGCUCUGGACCAGCAGAGGGACCGGGAGCGCCUCCGCGAGCGGGAACGGCGCCGCAGAGAGAGGGAGGCGAUGGCCGACAACAUUGACAUUAAUUUCCAGAGUGACCUGAUGGCAAUUUUUGAGGAGAGUCUUUUCUGAAAAAGAAACGCCACGGCGCAACAGAAGGACUUAAAGUUACAACAUUUGCAAAUGUACAAAAAAAAACAAUAAAAACACGCAACGAAGCUCUGAGAUUACACGGCUGCCGCUGACACAGACCCAACAGCACCGGACCUAACCGUAACCGACCCGUUCUCGCAGCUUGUUGCGAUCGGGAACGUAGACAAAUGGGUUUUCUCCUCUUCCGGCCUCAGAUAUGUUUCUUGCUUGACGUUAUCGGUUACUUUCUGAUCUCCGAGGACAAUGGGAUAAAUACACACAGUCUGAAACAUUGAGAAGGAGAGCAUCAAGAUUUAAUCCCCUGCAUUAUAUUAAAUUAAGGACCUGGGGCGAUCUUUUUUUUUUUUUUUUUUUGGGGGGGGGGGGGGGUUAAACGAGAACAAAUCAACGGAUCACUUUGUUUCUACUUUUAUUCGUUCAGCAGAUCUUCAGAUAUUAGUGGGGAAGUCUGGGCUCUCGUGAUUAAGUUUGUAAGGUUUGUCGGCGAUAAUUUCGAAGUUUAUUGUUUUCUCAGGACACAGUGGGGGCAAAAAAAUAUAUAAAAAAAUCACCUGAGCAGGACGAAAAAACCCAACACCUUCUUUAUAAGACCUCCUUUCACCUUCUACUUCCCUCUGCAGCAUUCAGGAGCAACAAUGUUUUAAAAGUUUCAAAGUGUGUCCCUUGCCUUAGCGCUCUGGCCUGUAAACUAAUCACACCCUACAAAUUAUACAUAUUAUAUAUAUGAAAAGAUACACGAAUAUAUAUAUAUAUAUUAUAUUAUAUUAUAUAUGACAAAAAGUCAGUGAAAAAGAAUAUGAGAGGGAUAUUGUUUGUGGAGAGCAAAGCUCGUGUCUGUGUUCAUCUCUGAGCUCUGGUUUUGAUUUUGUAGACUUUACUGUAAAGAAGAAAAACUUUUUUAUGAUUCUUGAGAGGAUUGUUUGGUCUGUCUUAUUCUCAUAUUUUCAGUUAUUUUAUUUUUUUUCUUAACUCUAUGCCAAAACCAAUCCAUUGAGUGCUGAAAGUUGUCACGUUUUUUUACAUGUAAAAUGCAUUGUCUUUUCACUUUAUAUUAAAAGUUCUGUCAUCGUUGCUAUUUAAAUUGACCCUACUACCCCCCCCCCCCUCCUCCCCCCCCCCAUUUAAAUCGAAAGUUAUGCAAGCGUUUUGACUUUAUUAGUUGAAAAAUCAGUUUCACAGGACUUUCGUGUGACUCUAGGUCCUAUUAUUUGGUAGUAAUUCGAUAAAUCUGCACUGAAGUCUUUAAUCAAUUUACAUCCUUUUUUCAUUCAUGUGAAUAUUUUUUUGUCUGUCUUGCCCAUCUCGUCUGCCAUGAUGAUGUCCUCAACGGUCUCUUUGAUAGAUUUUCUCCUUACCGUUUUUAUUUUUUUUUUCUUCCGUCUUUUCUCAGCCUGUCCUGCGUUCAUUGUCCGUAGUGAGAGCUUUUUGGAUUCUGUGUGCCGUUGUGUUUAUCUGGAAGUUGAAGCUAUUUUCACUUUCUUUUAGGCGGCUCAGAGAUCCAAGGGUGUUGUCAUUUCUGUCAUUUUCCUCUUUAUUUUAUUUUUUGUAUUUUCUGCAUUUUGCUUUCCUCUCUUCACAGCUUCAAGGUUUCCUUUUUCCUCCUUUGCUCUUUUAUUCUUUUGAUUUAUUUUACCCAGAACAAUGUGUUGCUAUGUUGGUGAGCGAGGCAUUGAGGUCAAUAGAUUCAUCUUCAUAUAAUGGAGUAAAGCAUCUGUUUUUUUUUUUUUUUUUUAAGAAAAGUAUUAAAAUAUUUAAAAACCUUA